ACAAGAGGUGGCCUCCACGUGGCAAGAGCUGGGCAACAUAUUCAUUAUGUUGGCAAACUACCUCAUGUUUAUGUAAUGGUUAAUUUUCGGUGGUUUAAAAUAAUAAGAUCAAAUAUGUUUGUUUCGUAUGUAAAUAAAUUUCUCGCUUUUUUUUCCUACAAACAGUUCUGCACAUAAGGUAUUAUUCUUAAAAUAAUCUUGAUAUUUAUGUUUAGAUCGUGAACAUGCUUUAACACUGGUGGCCGAGUUUUUACAUACACGACCAGUAACUUUCAAACUGUGAAAUAAACAAACGUUUUCCUUCUUUAAUCAUGUUUACCAAAAAAUACUGGUGGUGACAUCAAAGGAUGUUUAUUUGUGGUAAAAAUAACAUUAUUAUGUAAUUAGGUAAUUAUAAAAUUAUCAUGGUCAUUGUCAAAUAAGAAAUCAAUGAGAGGAUGAAGAGAAAAUUUUCGCGGGUUAUCGAGUAAUUAUGGUAAGUGUUGUUGCUCAAAUGUUAAAGUAUGUAUAUAGGCAGAUGAUUUCUUUUACUGUAUCAUACAAUCAUGGCUGAACAUCCAUGUAUUUACUGCAAUAUUGAGGUCACUUCUCGUGCGCACGCUAUUGCAUGUGAUUCAUGUGGAAGAUGGAGUCACCGUAGACACACCGAAAUUACCCAUCAGCAGUACAUGCAACUGCGCAGUGGUGAGGUACAGAUAGAGUGGUUCUGUAAUGGUUGCAGGAACGUCGACGAACCACCACCACCACUUGAAAUCCCGGUAUCGCCACUCAGAAAUCUUGCACAAGAAGAUCUAAGACAUGGGGGUAACACUACCAUACCAGAUGUGUCAUUCGACCUAGCCCAAGAGUACGAACGACCAACACCAGUGGUAGACACGUCUUUACCUGAUGACCUUGAGCUGAACGACGAAAUCCCCGCCGACGACGCCGUAAUUACGUAUGAGAUUGUGGAGUCCGGGACUAAGCGAGGUGCGGCGAAACUGAUCAGUUCGGAUGGAUAUUCUUACACGAAGGGGGUAACGUCCGGAGAGAGACAAUUCUGGCGAUGCUCGGUGCGAAACAAGACAGUAAAAUGUCCGGCAUCCGUGAAACAGUACCGCGACAUGUUCACAUCGGGUGUAGCAGGACACGUUCAUCCACAAGAUCCUGGUGCUACAAAAAAGAUGAAAAUAGCUAAGAAGGUGAAGGAACUGGCGCGAGAACGUGUCUUUGAGCCAGCCGCCGUAAUCGUGGAACGUGUCAUGAAGGAUAUGGUGGCACCAAACGAUGUCAGCCUACCCAAACCAGCAAAUCUAGUUCGUGUUGUCAACCACCACAGACGUCUCCGUCCCGAUGAUCCUAAAGACUUAGCGUUUGAGCUUGACAGAAACUUCAUCGGAGAAGACUUCAUAGUGGACGACCUUGUUCUGGACGGUGCUCGACACAUCGUCUUCGGAACGCAGCGCCAGCUGGAUCUACUACGACAGGCAAAGAUGUGGUAUAUGGAUGGCACCUUCAAGGUGGUAAAGCAGCCGUUUUACCAGCUACACUCUAUCCACACAUUUGUGAAGAAGGGGGAAGAUGAGAAGCAGGUGCCACUGGCGUACGCUCUGAUGUCGAGGCGAAGUAAAGAUGAUUACGUUCAGGUUUUCAGGAGUCUACGUCGCAGACUGGGGGAUCUCUCUGUAGAGUGGAUUAUGUUAGACUUUGAAGCUGCAACUUGGCAGGCGAUAAGAGAGGUUUUUCCUGAUGCCGUGAUACGGGGAUGCGUCUUCCACUUUACACAGCGGAUAUACAGGAAGAUCACCACAGAGGGACUGAGUACCGCGUAUCAGCAACAUGGUGACAAGUUCGAGUUCUUCAGGAAAAUUAUGUCCCUUCCUUAUCUACCAGUUGAACAGAUUGAACCGGCAUUCAACAGGCUGAUGGAGGUAGCUGAAGGAGUCGGGGGUCCCGUACUGCGGGUAUGCGAGUACAUUUCCCGUACAUGGAUCCACGGCAGUGUAUGGCGACCCCUCAAUUGGUGCGUGUUUAGAGAGGAGGUGCGAACGAACAACGACUUGGAAGGAUGGCAUAGACGCAUCAACGCACGAGCGUGUUCAGCCAACCUCGGGCUUUACAAGUUGGCCAACCUUCUCAGAGAGGAAUCUGAGACUGUUGAUCUUCAUAUACGGCUGGUGAGCCAGCACCUUCUCACGAAGAUCAGGCGGAAGAAGUAUGUUACGAUACACGGCAGACUGCAUCAAGCAUGGGAUGACUACGAAGAAGAGAAGCUGACAACAACUGAACUUCUGAGGAUCAUCAGCCACAUCAAUGCCCUCGGACCAUCCACAGCGGUCCACCACAUGCUCGACGACGACGAGGCUUGAAAGAUGAACGACUGAUAUGGUUGAAAUGUAACAUUAAAUUGAACAGUGUCGUACAUGUAUCUAAUUUGUAUUAGAAAAUCUGAAUGAUAAAAAUGUGUUAUAAAAAUGUAAAAAUAUUGUAGUGCGUCAAAAAUGUAUCUAAUUAAUAUGUGCUUACUCCCUCAUUUUUUUUAAAUGACAUGAAAUAUUCAAAUAUAUAUAUAUAGUAUCCAAGGUUUAGUUGUUGCUUAUUUAUAUUAUAUGGUAAAUAAAACGGAUUACAAAGUA